AUGAACCCCCACUACGUUGCCCCGCCGCCACCGCAGCCGCAAUCGCGGCCGUCCGUGGAUUUGGACGACCUCUUCGGAGGUCUUACCGCAACCAACGAACAGAAGCCCUUCCACGCCGCUCCAGGCGAGCCGGCCCCACCCUCGUAUGAUGCCCUUAACGGCGGGUACUCGUCAGCGCCACCCCCGGCGCAUCGUGCUGCUGCGCCGGAGCCGCAGCAGUCGCACAACGGUAACGCCAGCGGCAAUCAAAGCUUUUACUACGGAGCGGCCCAUCAACAGCAGCAGCAGCAGCCAUAUGGCCUGCCAGCUGCUGUUCCGGCCUCCGCCUCUCCCUACGGGAUGUCGUCUCCGUCUCAAGCGUUCUCGUCGUCGUCGUCGAUUACGCCUGGCAUGGCACCGCCGCUGCAAACACAACCACAACCGCAACCGCAACAACAGCCGUACGGGGCGGACCCACGCUCUUAUGGCGUGUACCCUGCGAUGCCCGCAAACGGCAUGGCACCAGCAGCUCCUCCGCUUCAGCAGCAACAACCGCAUGUGUACGUGCAACCGCAGCCGCAACCGGUCCCUGGGCCAGUGCAGCAGCAGCAGUCGUUUGCCCAGAACAGCAGCAGCAGCGUUAGUCCCAGUGGCGCUGCUGCUGUCGCGGGCCCGACAGCGGCGGCUGGCGUGGGCAGUGGCGCAGCGCCGUCCCGGUCUGCGGAAGAGGAAGACCGUCUGCAGCUGGAGCGCAUCAUUCGCCUGCGCCGCGAGCUGGAGCUGGAGCAGGAGCGGGAGCAGCGGAAAAAAGAGGAGCUGCAGACGUGGGGCUGCCCUACUUGCACCUUCCGCAACAAGCUCAACGAGGUGAAGUGCGAGAUGUGCGGCUCUACGAGGCCUGGGUACACGGCACCCGCUUCGACGGAGUUGCCAGCCCAACUGCAACAACAACAGCAACAGCCUCGUUCCGCGGUGACACCCUCACAGGUCAACGCUGGCGUCACGGACUGGCAGUGUGGCAUGUGCCUCGCCCCGAACGAGGCGCAUGCGGAGCGGUGUAAGGUGUGCUACGCCUACCGUAGUAGCGGCAUCCCGGUGCCGACAACGUCUACGUCUGGUGCCGCGGCCAACACGAACCAUAGCGGCGUUGUCUCCAACACGCCCUUCACAACAAACUGGAAGUGCAGCGUCUGCGGUGAGGUAAAUCCGCCAUCGAAGGCGAACUGCAAGGUUUGCAGCGGGUUCCAGCGCAACGGCACCGCGGUCACGGACGCCGUUACGGCGCCGAGCACCAGGAGCGGCCACGGAGCACAGGCGACUAGCAGCGCUGACCCGCCGCUGCCGACGAUGUGGUCGUGCUCCGUGUGCACCUUUGAAAACUCCGUCUCAGCUGCGGUGUGCAAGGCGUGCGAGAGUGGUCAGCGGCCGCGCCACUUGGCCCCCAAAAAGGACAAGGAAAAGUCCACUAGCGGCAAGCAACAUGACAGCCGUGGCAGCGGCGGUGACAGUGAGAAGAAAACCUCAUCGUCCAAGUCGCAGUGGCCGUGUGGGACGUGCACGUUCUUGAAUCCGAUUGGUCGAAAAAAGUGCGACAUGUGCGGUGCGAAGCGGCCAGAGUCGUACGCCGCGGAGGCGGACACGACGGAGGCACGGGCGGCGGCCAAGCAGGAGGCUCAGGACGACGCCGAGGAGGUGGCAUGGCAAGACGAUGACUCGGUGACGGAGUGCAACAACUGCCACACAACCUUCACGUUUCUCAUCCGCCGCCACCACUGCCGACUGUGCGGGUACGUGUUCUGCGCGCACUGCUCCAACUACUCCGUGCCGCUCACCAUGGGCAGCCUCCCGCAGCGCGUAUGUGUGAACUGCUACAAGGCACGACUAGAAGAGGAGAGGAAGACGAAGAAGGCGCGCCGCUGGCUGGAUAGUUAG